AUGCCACCUAAAUCUAAUACAAACGGUUUUUCUAAUCGAUCGAAUCAAUGCUAUAUGCCUGCUUGGGCUACACUUUGGACUGUGAUCGGGUCACUUGUUUGUAUAUGGGAUGCAACUUAUAUUAUAACACGACCUCGAAGUAUGGCAAACGGCGAUCUAUUUCAUAUAUUUUCCCCUUAUGCAAAAUAUAUAACACUUGAUCCACUGUAUGGAAAUCUACAAAAUGCAUUUGUUAUCGCACAAAGUUGCAUGAACUAUGUUGAAUUAACUCUUGCAUUGUUAUCAAUUAUACUUUAUCAUAUUGUUGGACAACGUAAUCUAGGUUGUCUUCUUCUAUUAGUAGCAAGUGCGAUGACAUGGUCAAAAACAAUAUUAUAUUUUGUGCAUGAUCAUUUUGAACGAUCAUUACAUCCGGAAAGAUCACCUGUUCAAAUAGAAGCAUGGGAAUAUAUAUGUCUAUUUAUUAUGCCAAGUCUCGUUUGGGUUGUAUUUCCGUUUGCCUGUAUGUGGAGUAUAGGUCGACAGAUACUUCGUCUACUCAAUGUAUCAAAUGAAAAAACGAAGUAUUACUAG